AUGCAGCUACUCAGUCAGACCAGGAUUGACACCCUCGACAACAUCAUCAUCCACACUGGCACAAACGACCUUCAUGCCAAAGGUGAAGAUGUAUCUGGGGCAGUGAGAAGAGUGGCAGAACGGGCACAGGCUGUGUUCCCAACAACCAAUAUAGUUGUGUCCACCCUCCUACCAAGAAAAGACUUCCCAGGAAAGUUGAUCGACAAAAUAAAUCAACAGAUCACUGUGGACUGUGCCUCACUACUCAACGCUGCAGCUCAGGAACUGGACGAGCUAUGUUUCCUCUCAGCCCAGUCCAUGUCCACUCUGGAGACCUCCGACCACUUCCAGAUGGUCAAGCUGCUGGGAGAGGGAUCCUACGGCAAGGUCAUGCUGGCCGUCCACAAGAAGAGAGGCACUCCCAUGGCUCUGAAGUUCUUCCCCCGCCAGUCCACAUCCCUCUUCUCUUUCCUGCGUGAAUACAACCUCUCCCUUUCUUAUUGCACUCAUCCCUCUCUCACCCGGGCCCUGGGUAUCUUCUUCUACACCCCCUGCUACUACGUCUUCGCCCAGCAGGCUGGUCUCUAUGGAGACCUCUACAGUGUCAUCGUGUCAGAGGUGGGUGUAGAUGAAGAGUGUGUCCAGAGGGUGAUGUCUCAGCUGAGUGGUGCCGUCUCAUACCUCCACUCCAUGGGCUUCGUCCACCGGGACAUCAAACCAGAGAACAUCUUCCUGUGUGACCGCGCCUGUCGCUGGGUAAAACUGGGUGACUUCGGCCUGGCCCGCCCCACUGGCUGCACCAUCCGCGCCGUCUGGUACGACUCGCCCUUCUGCACGCCUGAGGUGGAGCAGGCCAAAGAGUCUGAGAAAGAGGAGGAGAACAUUUGGAUCACAGUGGAGACCACUAUAGACAGCUGGGCCCUGGGCGUGCUGGUCUACUGCCUGCUGACGGGAUGCUUUCCCUGGGAAGAGACAACCCACGACGACCCUGCCUACCGGAGGUACAAGGAGUGGUACGACCGCGAGACGGAGAGGGAGGAAAGGAGCGAGGGACUGAGAGGGGAGGAGGAAUCGAACCCUGUGGCCCCACAGUUUGAAGGCUUCAGCCCACUGGUGAUGUCUCUUUUCAGGGAGCUGCUUAACCCACAGCCCAGGCUUCGAGGAGGCCCUGACGAGAUCCUCAGCUACCUGGGUGGGCCUUGGUUGAUGGAGACGGAGAGAGAGGAGAAGAGGAAAGCAGAGGAGGUAGAGAAGGAGGCCAGGAAAAUAAGAGAGGCAGGAACGGUGGAGGAAGGGAGGGAGAGGGAGGGAAGAGGGGAGAGAUAA